UGGAUUAAGAAAGUUCAUAUGGGCAUCAGAUUUAAGCCCAAAUAGAGAUGGGCCAAGCUAGAAUUGGAUAAGAGCUAAAACAAAAUAUAAAUAACACAAACAAAAAAAAGUGUAAUAUAAACUUGAUAAAAUCACAUCAAAUUCUUGUAGAAAAAUCUUCUCCAGUCACUUCUCUCUAUUUCGGUAUUUCCUCGAGCCGCCGGUUGCCCAAGCUUCCGACAGGAAGUGAUUUUCAUGCUCAAUCAGAGUUGUUUUGAUCGAGAAUGAUGAAGAAGCCAAAGAACCCAUUAGUUUACUUGGAUGUUUCAGUAGAUGGAGGUACUGCUGACAGAAUUGUAAUCGAGUUGUUUGCCGAUGCUGUUCCUAAGACAGCUGAAAAUUUUCGGGCUCUCUGCACAGGUGAGAAGGGUGUUGGAGCCACAACUGGGAAGCCUUUGCACUAUAAGGGCACAGUAUUUCAUCGGAUCAUUAAAGGAUUUAUGGCACAAGGCGGUGACUUCUCGAAAGGAGAUGGUACUGGUGGAGAAAGUAUUUAUGGAGGCAAAUUUCGUGAUGAAAAUUUCAAGUUAGGUCAUAAAGAGCCUGGUCUUCUGUCUAUGGCUAAUAGUGGUCCAAACACAAAUGGAUCUCAGUUCUUUAUUACUUUUAAGCAGCAGCUUCAUCUUGAUGGAAUACAUGUUGUGUUCGGAAAGGUUGUGAAUGGAAUGGAAGUUGUCAAGAAAAUGGAACAAUUAGGAUCAUCUGGUGGAAAACCAUCCGGGCUCGUAAAAAUAGUUGAUUGCGGUGAGAUGUCCAAAAUCGAUCCACAAAAUGCAGUCGAGGUCGAUAAAGAGAAAAAGAAAAAACCAGCAAGUUCGGAUGGUCAGGCAAAAGGGAAGAAGAAAGAACCUAUCAAGACUAAGAGGAGAAAGAGAAGCUACUCUUCAUCUGAUUCCUACAGCUCUAGCUCUGACUCCUACUCGGAUUCGGACUCAGGCUCGGACUCGUCAAGAACUGAGUCACACUCGGAUUCUGAUUCAGAUACUGAUUCAUAUUCUUCGACUUCAUCCAGUGAUGGACGCCGAAGGAAGAGAAGGAAAUUGGUAAAGAGAGGAAGGCAUCAGCAUGGGAAAAGGAAGCAAAGAGAGCGUCGUAGUAGAAGAUCAAGACGAAGGUCUAAAAGGAGCUCAGGGAGUUCUAGUGAUACUGAUAGCAGUGACAGUGAUAGUAGCAGAACUUCUGCUGAUGAAAAUGUGCGCAGAGGCAAAUCUUCACGGAAAACAAAGGCAUUAAGCGAUGGCAGUGAUAGCAGCAGAACUUCUGAUGAUGAAAAUGUACGCAGAGGCAAAUCUACACGGAAAACAAACGCAUUAAGCGAAGAAGAAAAAAAAUCUGCUCAAACUCUUGGGAAUGUGAAAAAGUCACCGGUUUCUCCCCUAGGAUCCAUCCAGCAGACAAAACACAAUGAUAGGAAAAAAAGUGGGGAUGACUCGUCUCAUGAAGAGGGUGAAUUUUCUCGAAAGAGUGAUAAACAUGUGAAUAACAACAAGGAGGACCUUAUCAACAAUAGUCAAACUGGUAUUGGAUUGCGUCAAUCGGAUAAUUCAAGCCGAUCCAGGAGCCUAACACCAAGCCGAAGUCCUAGGUAUGGAGAGAAUAAUAAGAAAGAAUCUGGUCAGCAAGGCGCCAUAAAUCCUUCAAGGAGCUCUGCAAGAAAAGCUCCUCAACCUUCUACUUCUAAUCAUGGCAGGGAGUUAUCGCGAAGCCGCUCACCAGGUGGAACCGCAAAACGCGUUAGGAAAGGCAGAGGCUUCACUGAAAGAUAUGCCUUUGUUAGAAAAUAUCGCACGCCGUCUCCAGAACGUUCUCCCGGUAGAUCCUAUCGUUAUGGUGGAAGAUAUAAUCACAGGAACAACGACAGGAAUUCAAGCUACAGAAGUACAUAUGAACACUCACGACAUUACCGAAGUUCGCCUAGGAGAGGAAGGAGCCCGCCAAGGUACGAGCGCAAAAGAAGUAGAAGCAGGUCCACUUCACGAAGCCCUGGUCCCUACCAUAGCCGCCGCCGGCCCACAAGAAGUCCGGUUCGCAGCCCAAGCCCAAUAGACAGGCGGCCCGUUCUUAGCGACCGAUUGAAGUCGCGUUUGGGCCCACAGAAGGACGAUCGGCCCAGUCGAAGGCGCUCUAUUUCACGAUCUCGUUCGCCUGUAAGUCCACGAUCGAGCCCUUCAGGUGGUGGACAACGAGGCUUAGUUUCGUACGAGGAUGUCAGUCCACAUAAUGGGGUGAAUUAGUGUUACUUGCAAGUUGUUUGUUGAUCUUAGUUGGUUUCUAUCUUGGAUGUUGGAUUUGUGUUGUCAUAUUGCUUGCAUUACUAUGUGCGUGUGUGUGUGUGUUUUCAAAAAUCUUGAUUUGGUGUGCUUUUGUGGGAGUUCCAAGUUUGUGUGUUUUAAAAAAAUUUCGCUUGCAUACUGAGUUUGUAUUUGGUCCUAUUGACAAACUUAAUUGAGAUGUCCUUAUGAUAUUUUUAUUUAUUAAAAGUGCUGUUGAUUUGUGAAAA